UAAAUAUUCUACUAUUUUAAAAAAUAUACAAAAUUAUUCGUUAUAUACAAAAAUUAAUCGAAUUAAUGGAUGUAUUUACAUGACACCUUGUCGGCAUAAUUAUCGCAGUAUAAUAGAGUUCCAAAAGAGAAAUAACUAACUAUAAUUAUCGCGAUUUUAACAUUGUGUACGCGACUAUAUUUGUUUUAUAUAUAUAUGUAAAAGCUUAGAAUUAGUCAUACCUAAUCGUGACAUACUUGAUUAAUAAAAUACAAAAUAUUUUGUAGUAUUUUGCUGUUUUUCUUAUUUGUCAUAUCUACUAUAACUUAUAAAUUAUUAAUCUAUAAAUAAUCUCUUCAAAUGGACAGCAGUCUGAGAAAUAAACAUUUAACUGGUGGGGAAACCACCCAAAGACACUUAGCAGAAGCUUUGUAUAGAACACAGACUGAAAAUAAAAUGCUACCAGGAUUUGAUCCUAAUCGAGAUGAUGUUGAAUAUUACCGUGUUCAACAGGAUAUCGAUUGUGAUGAAGUAUAUCCAGGAAUAUAUAUUGGUGAUGCUGCCACAGCAAAAAACAAGAAAUACCUUAAAAUAUUGGGUAUAACACAUUUGCUUAAUGCUGCUGAAGGAAAAAGAUUUGGACUUGUAAACACCGAUAAGAAUUAUUAUUCUGAUACAACAAUAAAAUAUCUUGGCUUACCACUUAUUGAUUUGUGCACAACAGACAUUAGCAAGUACUUUUACAUUAUUGCAGAUUUUAUCGAUGAAGCUGUUUCAACUGGAGGUAAAGCUUUUGUUCAUUGUGUGUUAGGAAUCUCACGUAGCGCAACGUGCGUAUUAGCAUAUUUAAUGAUUAAAAAAGGAAUGCUAGCCACAGAUGCAAUUCGAACAGUCCGCAAAAAUCGUUUUAUUCAACCAAAUAGUGGUUUUCUUCACCAAUUAGCACAGUUAGAUAAUCAAUUACGAAGACAACGAUCUUAAAUGAAUACAGCUUUGAUAAAGUUACAAAGUUCACUAACAAUAUAUACUGCAGUGAAUUUGAUAGAUAUAUGUAUAUUGUAUAUAAAUAAUUGUAUAUAAAAACUGAGUAAACAUGAUCAAAAUGUAUGAUUAGAUUAGAUUGAUACAUUAUUAAUCAACAUUAGGCGCAAAAUUCACAAUUAAUUAUUUCAAAAUCAAAUAUUACAAAUAUAUACAUGUUAUGAGAUAGCAAUCACAUAACUCAUAUUACGCCUCACGAUAUAAAGUAUUAUAUAUACAAUAUUAUCGCUUCUCACAAUUCAUUGUUGGUGAAUUGUAUUAUUUAAUAAAUUAUAAUACUGAUAUUGUAAAAACUUUGGUUGUAAAAACUUUUACUAAAAAUAGUAACGAUAAAGGAAAAUAUUAAUAUCUUGACUUCAUAUCAUUGUUUUUAACUAUUAUUAGUAUUUUUUUUUAUCAUUACUAUUUUUAGUAGAAGUUUUUAGAUAUUUAUAUGUAUAUCGUAUUAUUAUAUUAUAUAUCGUAUAAAAACUAUUAUUACUAUACUAAUAUUAUAUUAAUAAAACUGUUAAUUUACUACACGUGGACGUUUGGAAUGAGACUCUGCAGGUGUAAACGAACGUCUCGAAGAGCCUAUUUCAUUUUCUGUAUCCUGUGGACCACUACGUUUUCUUGCCUUUGGAGAUAAUUGUUUUAAGCAUUCCAUAUCAUUAAAUACAACUUGUGCGCCUCCUCCA